CUCGCCCGCGACACGCCUCUCGCGCCGAGCCACGACGACGACGACGACGGUCGUCACCGCGAUGGCGUCGAAGGCGACGACGCCGCCGAACGACGCGCCGUCGCCGUCGCCGCCGCUCGUCCUCGACGCGCACCUGCACGUGUGGCCCACCCCUACCUCCUACGCGUACGUCGAGGGGAAAGAGCCGCCCGCGUCGCUCGCGACGACCGCGACCGCGGAGGCGCUCGUGAGCGCGAUGGACGACGCGGGAAUCCACGGCGCGCUCAUCGUUCAACCCAUCAACCUCCUCCACGACCACGCCUACGUCGCGGACGUCGUCCGAAGGUACCCCGGGCGAUUCGUCGCGUGCGCGCUCGCGGACCCGACCCGAGGCAUCGCCGGCGUGAACGACCUCUCGCGUCUGCUCCACGCCGGAGACGCGCCGGGGAACGCGUCGACGGGGACGUACCGCGCGGUGCGGUUCAACCCGGGGCUGUGGCCGGAGGGAGCUCGCAUGACGGACGAGGUCGGGGUAGCGAUGUUCGAGCUGUGCGGCGAGCGGAGAGCGCCGGUCGGAUUUAUGUGCUUCCACGGCUUGCACCUGCACGUCGAGGACAUCAAGGAGCUCAUGCGCGCGUCGCCGCGGACGCCGGUGAUGAUCGACCACUUCGGGUUCUGCAAGGGCGUCGACGAUCCGAACUGGAAGGCGCUGUUGGAGCUCGCGAAAUUCCCGCAGGUGGGCGUCAAGGCGAGCGCGCAGUUCCGCGUGCUGCCGCUCGACGCGAGCGACGAGGACAAAGAGUGGCCGUACCCGACGACGGGCGCGCAGCUGCGGCAGCUCAUCGACGCGUUCGGCGUGGAGCGCGUGUUGUGGGGGAGCGAUUUCCCGUACGUGACGCGGGAGUGCGGGUACGCCGAGGCGGCGACGAUUCUGGAAAACUGCGGCGCCGGCGUGACGCCGGAGGAGAAGGCGUUGCUCAUGGGCGGGAACUUGCAGCGGACGUUCCCGGGGGGGUGGUACUGAAGCGAGGGCGAUCAAAGCGGGGUCGAUACGUUACGAUCCACGGUUAAAACGAAACGGUUCAUACAGUCAUCAGUAGGGU